UUUCGGUCGUCGUCGUCUGGGCGUGCGGAAAUGGAGGAUAAAAGGAAAGGGAGGGAAAGGGUUCUUCGAGAAAGUCCCUCCAUCCAGCUCCGCCUGCAGGCCAACACUGUCAGCUCUAACAGGUUUCUAUUUGGCCGCUCUCCCCGCUCUUUCCCUCUGCCCUGCCUGGAUCCUGGGGGCGGUGCCGAAGUCGAGGCCCGCCCUGCGGCCCCUCCCGCCCCGCUCUAGCUAGCGCCCAGAGCCGGCUGAAACCUGGGUCCGACUGGGCCAUGUCGGCGAAGCCAGAGCUCAUUGAGCUGCAAGAGCUCGCAUCCUCUGGGCGCAUCAGCCCAGGCCGCACCCGCCUGGAGCGUGCCAAUGCGCUGCGCAUCUCGCCCGGCACUACGCGCAACCCAGCACAGGUCCUGGGCCGUGGCCACCGCUUCCAGCCCGCAGGGCCCGCCACGCACACGUGGUGCGACCUCUGCGGCGACUUCAUCUGGGGCGUCGUGCGCAAGGGCCUCCAGUGCGCGUCCCUCUUUGCAGACUGCAAGUUCACCUGCCAUUACCGCUGCCGCGCUCUCGUCUGCUUGGACUGCUGCGGACCCCGGGACCUGGGCUGGGACCCCGCGCUAGAACGUGACACUAACGUGGAUGAUCCUGUGGAAUGGAAGAUACCUAAUCUUUCUCAGGCUGAGAUUGAGCAGAAGAUCAAGGAGUACAAUGGGCAGAUCAACAGCAACCUCUUCAUGAGCCUGAACAAGGAUGGCUCCUACACAGGCUUCAUCAAGGUUCAGCUGAAGCUGGUCCGCCCUGUCUCAGUGCCCUCCAACAAGAAACCGACCUCCUUACAGGAUGCCCGGAAGGGCCCAGGGCGGGGUACAGCUGUGAGGCGACGGACUUCCUUUUACCUACCCAAGGAUGCUGUCAAACACCUGCAUGUGCUGUCACGCACACGGGCACACGAGGUUAUUGAAGCCCUGCUGCGCAAGUUCUUGGUGGUGGAUGAUCCUCGCAAGUUUGCACUCUUUGAACGAGCUGAGCGUCAUGGCCAAGUGUACUUGCGGAAACUGUCAGAUGAUGAGCAACCCCUGCGUCUACGACUCCUUGCAGGACCUAGUGAGAAGACCCUGAGCUUCAUCCUAAAGGAGAAUGACUCUGGGGAGGUGAAUUGGGAUGCUUUCAGCAUGCCUGAACUACACAACUUCCUACGCAUCCUGCAGCGAGAGGAAGAAGAACACCUCCGCCAGAUCCUGCAGAAGUACUCCCAUUGCCGCCAGAAGAUCCAAGAAGCCCUGCAUGCCUGCCCCCUGGGGUGACCUCUCCUACCUCUGGGUGGCAGGAGGAGAGUAGGCAGUGCCAAGAGCGUGCCGUGUGAGUGUGAUAGGGCCCAUGGGGCCUGAGGAAUGAGUGUGCGUGGAAGCCCUCCCCCAUUGGGGGAAUGAGCCCAGAGAACAGCGAAGAAGCUGGCCCCCUGCAUCCACCAGUGGGUGAAGCAGAGUAUGUCUUUGCAUCUCUUUGCCUUUCGUGUACUGGGUCAUGGUGAGCCAGGACUUCCCUGGGGAGCUGCUCCAGGCUUGCAGCAAGGGUGGAGCAGAAAGAAUCUCUUUAAUUCAUGUCUCAGAUGUGAUAAUCUUGGAGACCCUACAAACAGAACAGGAUCAGUUUGCAGGGUUGAGGACCCUCAACCUUGGGGAAGGUUGUGUUUUGGGUCUUGAAUAGAGUUUCUGGAUAACCCUAUCAGAGCCAUGGGUGGGUGCUCAGAAUAAGGCAGGCAUCAAGAUAGAGUCUAGGUUUCCUUCUAGUGCCUUCUGACUCCUCAUACACUCUGAGGUCAGGGAGUGCUGGUAUACAGUACAGCCACAGUGCCUCAGUACCUCCUCCAAAGAGGAUAUCCCUGGGUCAGUCUAGGGUCUGUGAAUGUGGGCACUCUGCCAGCCCCAUUCCUUGUUUGCCAGGCAAAGCCAGGGUCUGUCUCAGAUAUUUUUGAUGAAGUGUGUGAAUGUAUGUAGUGUUUUGUGGCCUCAAAUGAAUGCCUCCUGUGGGAAAAGGGAUGGGGGUGACAGUCAUCAUCAGGGCCUGAGGCCUGAGAGAAUUGGCUGAAUAAAGAUUUUAAGAAUCCUG